GUUCUUCGUAGCUCGCAGAAAUUAGGGCGAAAUUGUUUUUUCGCGAACCCUAAUUUUCAUAUCUUAUAUAGAGUUUUAUUCUUUUUUGGUUCUUUUGAGAGUUGGAUUUGGCGCGCAAGUGGGAAGAAUCAAGAGCUCUUUGAUUUUGAUUUUCCCGCCUUCUGUUCUUCUUGAUUCUUCGUUUUGAUUUCCUCGCCGGAGCUUCACCGGGUCGUUAUUUUGUAUCGAACGGGUUCAUUAUAAGGUUUUUGGGUUCCUUUUCAUGGCGUCUGCUGUUAUAGCGAAUCACGAACCCAGUUGGCCUAAGAGCAAAAGCAACGGGAGUGGAGGAGGAGGAGCGUUUAUGACGAGAGUUCCGUUCUCAAACCCUAAAUCUAAACCUAAUAUGAAAAAGAGGAAAACUAAUGGUGAAAUUAACAACUUCCAUCAGAUGGGUGAAGAAAUGGGCAACGUAACUACUCUAUCUCCCUCGGAUAAUGGGUCAUCAAUUGAUCGUUACCAUGGAUCUUCGAACUUCGAGUACAGCCAAUAUGUGAGCUUCAAUAUAACUUCGUGUUCUGGGAGGGAUUUGUUUGAGCUAAGGAAACGCUUACUGGGAGAACUUGAACAAGUUAGACGAAUCAAGAAUCGUAUUGAAUCUGGGAACAUUGGUUCUGGACCUAAUUAUUUCAAGAAAUCUUCUAAGACGAAGGGACUGAACAAGCGGCCGAAGGUGCUACCUAGUUUUGGCAAAGAUUUGCAGGUUCCAAAUUCGUUUGAAGUUGGGAAUCUGAAGAAGACUUGCGCUCAAAUCUUGAACAAAUUGAUGAAGCAGAAGUAUGGGUUGAUCUUUAACAAACCGGUGGAUGUGGUUGGGUUGGGUCUUCAUGACUAUUAUGAUAUUAUUAAGCAUCCAAUGGAUUUAGGGACUGUGAAAUCUACACUGUCUAAGAAUUUAUACGACUCACCUUUGGAUUUUGCUGAAGAUGUUAGGCUAACAUUUAACAAUGCCAUGAUGUACAACCCCAAGGGUCAUGAAGUUCACGUAUUGGCCGAACAGUGGUUAGCGAAAUUUGAGGAAAUGUUUCUUCCUGUUAGUCGGAAGCUGGGUGCACUGAAGCAGCCAGAUCCCUAUGAAGAGGAAUUGCAAUCAAGUUCAUGGAAUCAUGUUGAGGAGGUGGAGAAUGUGAAAUUCAACUCAAAUGGGAACAGACCAGAAGAAGUAGUAGUGCCGUCAAGCUUGACGAAGCCGCCUUCAGUUCAAUCACCAGUGAGAACCCCAUCACCAGUGAGAGCACCACAGGUGAAGCCUGUAAAGCAGCCGAAGCCGAAGGCAAAGGAUCCCAACAAAAGGGAUAUGAGUUUAGAGGAGAAACACAGAUUGGGAAUUGGAUUGCAGGGCUUGCCUCCUGAAAAGAUGGAUCAGGUGAUACAGAUUGUGAAGAAGAGAAGUGGACAUUUGAGACAGGAUGGGGAUGAGAUUGAGCUUGACAUUGAAGCAGUUGAUACCGAGACCCUUUGGGAACUUGACCGGCUGGUGACGAAUUGGAAGAAAAUGCUGAGUAAGGUCAAGCGGCAAGCUCUCAUCAAUGACAAUACAAAUACAGAUUCGAAUAAAGAGAAUAAUGAGAUAUCAUCUGCAAAUGAGAUGAUGAAUGAGGUUAAAACAGAGGCGAAGAAGCUUAGAAAAGGGGAUGUGGGUGAAGAAGAUGUGGACAUUGGGGAUGAGGUGAUACCAAUGGGUGGUUUCCCUCCUGUUGAAAUUGAAAGAGAUGCAGCUGCUCGUGCUAGUAGUAGUUCUGAUAGCUCUAGUAGUUCAGGAAGUGAUGAUUCUUCCUCUUCAAGUGGUUCUGACUCAGAUGGGAGCUCCUCCGAUAGUGAUUCAGAUGGUGAUGGUCAAUCAUAGGUGACCAUUUUCUAUAAACCAAAUACUAACAGCCGCUUUCUGAACUCGCAGUCCACCGAAGCACAUCAGCAUCUCAAGUUUUCCGAGAUGUGAAUUGUGAAGUUUAGAUUGGGGUUACUAAUGAAAAGAAGAGGGUUUUGGAAAUUUUGGACCUUUCCACUUUUGCUGGGCAUUGCUUGUGAUUGAAUGGACCUUUGGGGAUAUGAUAAGAAGAAACUCGAAAAAGAUAUCAGAAGGGAAGAGAAAUUGUAGAUGGCACGAGUUUAGAAUGGAAGAAAUAGAUUCAAGUUUUAUUUGUUCAUUUUAUUAUUAUUUUUCUUAGAAAGUAGGCUUGUGUACAUAAACAAAUCGUUGAUUUCCCAGAUCGUGUACAUAUUUCCCGUUCUAUAUGUGCAAUGAGAUUUGUUCUGUCUACACAAAAAAAAGGAAGAAAACAUAUUGUUGUUUCUUGUGA